UCGACUGCGCUUCACGAACACUCCCCCUGGUCCAGACCGGCAGUGGCUACGUGUAAUUUGGGUAAAAUGGCAGAUAGAAGAAACAACAAUUUGCCCAACUCUAGUUCCAAUUUACUGUUUAGCGCUGCCCCGGAAUUCAACUUCAACCUGCCUUUUAUUCCUGUGAGCCAAGCAACCGGCCCGGCGGUGCUGUCAGGAGAAGAUUCUACCGAUGUGGGAGAAGAAGACAGCUUUUUAGGUCAGACCUCCGCUAAUGGCCCCCCACCUUCUACAUUCAACUACUUCUCCAGUCCAGGAGGAAACGGCGAUCCCUUUGCCUCCAUCGGCCAGUCGCCAUGCCCCCCUCCGCCAGCGCUUUCUGCAUCUCCCAUGACAACGUGUCCAGUGUCAACUCUUCCCAGCAAUGCCAGCAUGGCGCCGACGCCAGCGCCUCCUGCCUCAUACAUGAACUCUGCUCCUUCAGUGUUUGGCAGUGGGGUGUAUCAGAGUCCGAUGGGACGCCAAACUCCUCCCCCCAGCUCGAUGACCCCUCCGCCUCCACAGAUGCAGCCACAGAGUCAUAACCCGUACCGACACACUGCUGCCAGCAGCAAAGCCAAUCCUUAUAUUCCUGCACCCGAGGUCUUACCGCCUAGUCACAUGCCACAGCAGAAUCCCUACUCUCUCAGCUCCUCCAUGCCACAAACAUUCCCUCCGCCUGGACCUUCCUUCACUAAGCCGCCUCCAACUCAGCUGCAUGCACCGACUCCGCCACCCCCCACUGCUGGAGCUGUCGUCCCUGCUGGUCCCAUGAUGCCGUACAACUACAACGUCUACGAGGCAGUUCAUCCUCACUGGUUCUACUGCAAACUUGUGGAAUCCAAAAGUGUUUGGCUUCCGUUUAGCUUCAUUGACUCUCUUCAGCUGGAGGAGACGUAUAACUCUGUUCAACCAGACCCGGAAAAUGUGAUCGUCCGGACAGAUGGCGGACGCUACGACGUGCAGCUCUACGACCGCCUGCGAUCUGCCGUUUACUGGGAGGAGGAGCCGACGGAGGUCCGACGCUGCUCAUGGUUCUAUAAGGGAGAUGCAGACAGCCGCUUUAUUCCUUACUCUGAGGAGUUCAGUGAAAAACUGGAGACAGAAUACAAGAAAGCUGUAUCAACCAAUCAGUGGCACCGCAGGCUGGAGUUCCCGUCAGGAGAAACCAUUGUGAUGCACAAUCCCAAGGUAAUAGUUCAGUUCCAGCCAGCCUCCAUGCCAGACGAGUGGGGCACGACUCAGGAUGGACAGACGAGGCCUCGGGUGGUCAAGAGAGGCAUUGACGAUGACCACGAUGAAGUGCCUGAUGGCGAGCUCUCCAAAGUGGAUCAUCUUGUGUUCAUGGUUCACGGGAUCGGACCCGUGUGCGACCUGAGGUUUCGGAGCAUGGUGGAGUGCGUGGACGACUUCCGCAGCGUGUCGCUGAAGCUGCUGCAGAGUCACUUCAAGAAAUCAUGUGACGAACACACCAUCAGCCGUGUAGAGUUCCUGCCUGUCCAGUGGCACACUGCCCUGCACGGAGACGCUACAGGGGUGGACAGACGAAUAAAGAAGAUCACACUGCCGAGCACUGGACGUUUACGUCACUUCACCAAUGAAACCUUGCUGGACGUACUUUUCUACAACAGCCCCACCUACUGCCAGACCAUCAUGGACACGGUGGCUCUGGAGAUCAACCGACUCUACGACCUUUUCAAGCAGAGGAACCCCGACUACAGUGGAGGGAUAUCGGUGGCCGGGCACAGCUUAGGCUCCCUGAUCGUCUUCGACCUGCUGUCCAAUCAGAAGACAGCCACCUCUGUGCCAAUCAUGCCCACUGCCAAUCCAGAUGUCCAACAGGUGGCGCCUCCUGUGGCGGCCCCAGUGAUUCCUCCAGCUGUGGAGGACGAGCGGAAAGAAGGCGGGGAGGAGUUUGAGACAUUGGCCUCAGUGCUUGAACAUCUGAGCCUGGCAGAGUACCAGAAGACCUUCGAAGAGGAGAAGAUCGAUAUAGAGUCUUUUCUGAUGUGCACCAUCGAGGACUUGAAGGAGAUGGGAAUCCCACUCGGUCCCAGAAAGAAAAUUGCUAAGUUUGUCAAAGAGCGAGUGAAUAAGCAGGCUGCGGCUGAGCAGAAGAAGGCUGAGGUCCAGGCCGUGGCGCCCCUCCCUGCUCCGGAGCUUCCCCCAGAUACCUCCAUGACGAAGUCUCCCACAGGCAGAGGGAUCAGCUCCAUCCACGUGGACUACAACUACUCUGAGACGGGCACCGGGCAGGUGUCGGUGGUCUACCACAAUCUGGACUUCAACCCGGUGAACUUCUUCGCCUUGGGGUCUCCCAUUGGCAUGUACCUCACUGUCCGCGGUCUGGAGAGGAUCGAGGAGACGUACCAGCUGCCCACGUGCAGCGGCUUCUUCAAUAUAUACCACCCACUCGACCCCGUGGCCUACAGGAUCGAGCCUCUGAUCGUACCUGAGCUAGAGUUGAAGCCGGUGUUGAUCCCACAUCACAAAGGAAGGAAAAGGCUCCAUCUUGAGCUGAAGGAGAGUCUGACCAGGAUGGGCUCCGACCUGAAGCAGGGCUUCAUCAGUUCCCUCCGCAGCGCCUGGCAGACGCUCAAUGACUUUGCGCGCGCCCACACGUCCACCGCUCAGCUUCAGGCAGAGCUGGCCAUGGUGGCCAAUCAGAUCGAGGAGCAGGAGAAGCAGGCGCGGGAGGAGCAAAAACUCCCAGAGAACCCGGAGCCGCCAAAGGAAGAGGAGCCUCAGGUGAAGGUUGGGAUGCUGAACGGAGGCCGACGCAUCGACUACGUGCUGCAGGAGAAGCCCAUCGAGAGCUUCAACGAGUACCUCUUCGCCCUCCAGAGUCACCUUUGCUACUGGGAAUCAGAAGACACGGUGCUGCUCAUUCUCAAGGAGAUCUACAAGACCAUGGGGAUCCACCCGGAGCAGAUGGUUCAUUAAACUAGCUGACGGGAAACAUUUUCUACUUUCAUUCUUUAGUUCUUUCCUUUUGUAUGCAGAUGAAUAAUACAAAUUGUAUUAUACCAUUUGUCUUAAAUUAAGAAAUCAUAAGACUUUUAUAGAGUAAAUUAUAGCGUUACUGCAUGCGUCAGCAGCAGAAACGACCCGGACAUUGCAGUGAAUAACAGUGUCAGUAUGUUUAUUUUAUGGCCAAAAUUAAAAAACCAUGUUGUUUUACAAACACUGAGCCGUGUAGCGCUGAAAUGAAAUGACUGUAAGAAUAUCUACAGAAGAUAUGAAUAAAGGUAUUUACAUUGAAACAUUGACCUGUGCUG